CCUGCAAGCCAAUGCAACACUGGCCCUAUCCAGUGCUGCAACUCUGUUACAUCCCCCGAUGACCCUGCCGCUUCGACGCUUCUCGGCCUCUUGGGUGUCGUUGUUCAGGGCGUUGACGUCCUCGUUGGAAUCACCUGCAGCCCAAUCAGCGUCAUUGGUGUUGGAGGCAAUAGUUGCAACGCUCAGCCUGUCUGUUGCGAGAACAACAGUUUCAACGGUUUGAUCGCGAUUGGUUGCGUUCCGGUCAACAUCAACCUUUAA